AUUAAAUACUAUUAAAAAUGUUCCUUAGACCAUUUACUCAGAGAUCAGUUUCUCUUAAAGGUAUUUCCAGUGCUGGAAAGGUCCAGCAAUCUAUGUUGAGACCCUUCGCCUCAACAGUUGCAAGGCAGUUAGAGUUAGAGCAAAACCAGAAUAUUCCAGAUAAGCUCAAGGCAAGUGACUUUUUGCUUCCAAGACAUAUUGGUAUUACCCCUGCUCAAGAACAGGAAGUUUUGGCUACUGUUGGAAACAAGACUAUCGAAGAACAUCUUGAAGAGUCAGUCCCAGAUUCUAUUCUGACAACCAACCUCUCAGAUAUGUUUAAGCAUGAUUUUGCCAAGGUUGGAGAGAUAAGAUCUGAAUUUUUGUAUCUAGAGAAUCUGAAGGAGGUUGCAAAGAAAAACAAAAUCUUCAAGUCUUACCAAGGACAGGGAUUCUAUCCUUGUCUUGUCCCAAAUGUGAUUCUUAGGAAUGUUCUAGAGAACCCAAAUUGGUACACUCCUUACACACCAUACCAGGCAGAGAUUGCUCAAGGAAGAUUGGAAAGCUUGCUCAAUUUCCAGACUAUGAUUGCUGAUUUGACCGGUUUGGAUAUUGCCAAUGCUUCCCUCUUAGAUGAAGCCACUGCUGGAGCUGAAGCAAUGUUCAUGGCUUAUUCUCAAUUUAAUAAGAGGAGGAACGUAUUCUUUGUUAGUGACCAAACCUACAAGCAUACUAUUGAAGUAAUAAAAACCAGAGCUGAGCCAUUAGGAAUUGAAGUUGUUGUAGGAGAUCCGAAUGAAUACGAUUUCUCAGAUAGAGAAGAUAUUUUUGGUGUCCUCGUCCAAAAUCCAGGUAUUAAUGGUAACAUCCAAGAUUGGAGUGCCAAGGCAGAAGAGGUACACAAGUCCAAAGGGUUCUUCAUCAUUGGAUCCGAUGUUCUAAGUCUUACUAUGACUAAGUCUCCAGGCGAGAUGGGAGCAGAUAUCGCUUAUGGGUUGGCUCAAAGACUUGGAGUGCCAAUGGGAUUCGGUGGUCCACAUGCUGCCUAUUUCGCAGUAAAAGAAAAGAUUAGAUUCAAACUUCCAGGAAGAGUUAUUGGUGUCAGUCAGGACGCUCAUGGAAACAGAGCCUUGAGAAUGGCAAUGCAGACUAGAGAGCAACAUAUUAGGAGAGAUAGAGCUACAUCAAAUAUCUGCACUGCACAAGCUUUAUUAGCAAAUAUGGCUGCUUUUUAUGGAUGUUGGCAUGGACCAAAGGGGCUUACUAACAUUGCUGAAAGGAUUAAUUACCAAACACAUAUCCUUCAUGACAAGUUAACCGAACUUGGGUAUACUUUACAUACUCAUAAAGACUCAAUGUUUGAUUCGAUUGCUAUUGACAUAUCCAAUGAAGAUUUAACUAAAGACCAGAUUUUGUCAAUUUUUGAGGAUCACGAAAUCAACCUCGGAGUGGUCAACGACAACACCCUCAAUGUCUCCUUGAAUGAGGCUACCACUCUAGCAGACUUGGAGGAGCUGAUCACAGUUUUUGGAAAAGUUAAAGGAAAGGAUGCCCAUGUUGAUUUUGAAAAUACUUCUUAUUCUGGAAUUAAAGAUAGUUUAAAGAGAACAUCUGAGUUUAUGACUCAUAAAAUCUUUAACUCGCUCAGUUCUGAGACAGAUAUGAUGAGAUAUAUUCAAACCUUAGCCGACAAGGAUAUUGGUUUGACAAAAUCCAUGAUUCCUCUUGGGUCUUGCACAAUGAAGCUGAAUGCUGCUGUGGAGAUGAUUCCAGUUACUUGGCCAGAGUUUGGCAAUAUCCAUCCAUUUGCACCACCAUCUCAAACUGAAGGAUACAUGCAGAUGAUUAAUGAACUCUCUGACUACCUCAUGGCAAUCACAGGGUUUGAAGCUAUCUCAAUACAACCAAAUAGUGGAGCUCAAGGAGAGUAUUCUGGGCUUUUAACAAUCAGAAAUUUCCAUAAAGCUAAUGGAGAGGGACACAGAAAUAUCUGUCUCAUCCCUACCUCGGCUCAUGGAACCAACCCAGCUUCAGCAAUGCUCUUGGGUAUGAAGAUUGUUGCUGUGAAAUCUGACAAGAACGGAAAUGUUGAUGUUGAAGAUCUUAAGGCAAAGGCUGAGUUACAUAAGGAUAACCUUUCCUGUACCAUGAUCACCUAUCCAUCGACUCAUGGAGUUUUUGAAGAAGAUAUUUUAGAAAUCACCGAGACAAUUCAUAAAUAUGGAGGUAAGGUCUACAUUGACGGAGCUAAUAUGAAUGCUAUGAUGGGACACAGCUCCAUCAAAACUAUUGGAGGAGAUGUAUGUCAUUUGAACCUUCAUAAAACUUUCACAAUCCCACAUGGAGGUGGUGGUCCAGGAAUGGGCCCAAUCUGUUGCACUAAAGAGCUUGAACCUCACCUACCUGGGCAUGCCAUUAUCCCAAUAGAUGGAAGAACCAAACAUGCUGUGUGUAGUGCUCCUUACGGAAGUGCUUCAAUUCUUCCAAUUCCUCAUGCUUACAUCAGCUUGUGCGGAGAGAAAGGAAUUAGUAAGAGUUCUGCCCUUGCUAUCCUUAACUCAAAUUACAUGGCUGCACAACUCGAGGGUCAUUAUGAAAUCCUAUACAGGAACAAAAAUAAGAAGAAUGCACAUGAAUUCAUUAUUGACACAAGAGAGUUCAAGAAGACAGCAGGGGUUACUGAAGAAGACAUUGCCAAGAGACUCAUGGAUUAUGGAUUCCAUGCUCCUACUGUAUCCUUCCCAGUCGCUGGAGGUAUCAUGGUAGAGCCAACAGAGUCUGAGCCAAAGAUAGAAAUGGACAGACUUUGUGAUGCACUUCGUAAUAUCAGAGAAGAAAUUAGAGAAAUUGAAGAAGGUAAAGCAGAUAAAACCAAUAAUGUACUCAAAAACUCCCCACAUACAGUCCAAGUGGUUUCUAGUGACGAAUGGAACUAUCCUUACACAAGAGAAAAAGCCGCUUUCCCAGUUUCAUGGAUCCACUCCAGAGGAAAGUUCUGGGCUACAGUUAGCAGAAUUGACAAUGUAUACGGAGAAAGGAAUCUAAUGUGCUCUUGUCCACCUAUGGAAUCCUAUGAGUAAUCUUUAAUAAAAACAUUUCUCCAUAAACUUUUUAGGUAAUUCAUUGAGUAACAGAUCCUUCUAAAAAUUGAGAUUAGUUAAAAAUCUUG